GUCCAGUUCCCAGCCGGGUUCAAUUUUUAUUUUUUUAUGGUGGGUGGAGGGAAAAGCCUUCAAUGAUAAUGCUAUUACUUGUUUGCUCAUCACAGCAGCUCUGCUAGGUAGAUCUCAUUUCAUAGAUGAGGACACAAGUUCAGAGGGGCUUGGUAUCCUGCCCAGGAGCAGGGCUGGUUAAGGGCAGGACUGGUUUUAUAAAAGCAAAGCAGUUUGACUCCAGCAUCCGAGCUCCUUCACCUCCCACUCUUUUUUCACCUUUUUGUCUCUCUUUAAGUGAGUACACCCCGCGGUUGUCCUCUGCUGACUUCAGAAAUAACUGGCAAGGGCUUCCCCAGUGGCGCAGUGGUUGAGAAUCUGCCUGUCAAUGCAGGGGACACGGGUUCGAGCCCUGGUCUGGGAAGAUCCCACAUGCUGCAGAGCAGCUAGGCCCAUGAGCCACAACUACUGAGCCUGCGCAUGUCUGGAGCUUGUGCUCCGUAACAAGAGAGGCCGCGACAGUGAGAGGCCUGCGCACCGCGAUGAAGAGUGGCCCCCGCUCGCUGCAACUAGAGAAAGCCCACGCACAGAAAUGAAGACCCAACACAGCCAAAAAUAAAAUAAAAUAAACAAUAAAUAAAUUAAUAAUAAUAAUAAACUGGCAAACUGGACAGUAGACUUUUGGCUUCUGCCCUUUAGGCCCUGGCCCCCAUUGUUCUCUGUAGUGAACAAAGUAGAGAGUGGAGGAUGGGAGACAGGUGAUUCUAGGAGACUCUCUCCCACCCCCCAUUCCUUUCCAUCCUGUCAGCAUAUUCUGUCUCCGAAGUUCUCCAAGUUUUCUCUAAGGGCCCAUUUGGACCCCCACUUCCAUUCUUUGGCCUCAUUACCACAGAAAAAGUUUACCCAUUUGUCCAGAGAGCUCCUAGCUGAUCUCUGUGUCCUCCCACCCAUUCCCUCAAGCUACCCUAAUCUCAUCCCUGAUGCAGGACUCCCUGUCUUGAUCCUGGAAUCUUCCUCCUAUCCUAGGUCUGCCGUAAUGCUGCUGCUGCACAGAACUGUGGUCCCAGGGCUCCGACAGGCCUACAGACUCAAGUCAGCCCCUUCAAGGCUCUGCAUUCGGGCCUGCUCUACGAAUGAUUCAUUUCAGCCGCAGUGCUCCAGCCAUGCCAUCUCUGGUGAUAACUCCAGCACCAGGGGAUGGAGAGUAAUGGGGACUCUUCUAGGGCUUGGUGCAGUGUUGGCCUAUCAUGACCACCGGUGCAGGGCUGCUGAGGAAUCACCACGCCUAUACACGAGGGAGGAAGUGAGAUCCCACAGCAGCCCUGAGACUGGGAUCUGGGUGACUUUGGGCUCUGAGGUCUUUGAUGUCACAGAAUUUGUGGACCUACACCCAGGGGGUCCAUCAAAGCUGAUGCUAGCAGCCGGGGGUCCUCUAGAGCCCUUCUGGGCCCUCUAUGCUGUUCACAACCAGUCCCACGUGCGAGAGAUACUGGCUCAGUACAAGAUUGGGGAGCUGAGCCCCGAUGACAAGGCAGCCUCCAUCUUGAAGACCUCUGACCCUUAUGCUGAUGAUCCUAUACGUCACCCAGCCCUGAAGGUCAACAGCCAGCGCCCCUUUAAUGCGGAGCCCCCCCCUGAGCUGCUGACAGAAAACUACAUCACACCCAACCCUAUCUUCUUCACCCGGAAUCAUUUGCCUGUACCUAACCUUGACCCAGACACCUAUCGCCUACAUGUAGUAGGGCCACCUGGGGGUCAGUCACUGUGCCUAUCCCUGGAUGACUUGUACCAGUUCCCCAAGCACGAGAUCACUGUCACUCUGCAGUGUGCUGGCAACCGGCGGUCUGAGAUGACUCGGUUCAAAGAAGUAAGAGGUCUGGAGUGGAGUGCAGGGGCCAUUAGCACUGCACGCUGGGCUGGGGCACGGCUCUGUGAUGUGUUAGCCCAGGCUGGUCACCAGCUCUCUGAAACUGAGGCCCAUGUCUGCUUUGAGGGACUGGACUCAGACCCCACAGGGACUGCCUAUGGAGCAUCCAUCCCCCUGGCUCGGGCCAUGGACCCUGAAGCUGAGGUCCUGUUGGCAUAUGAGAUGAAUGGGCAGCCUCUGCCUCGUGACCAUGGCUUCCCUGUGCGGGUGGUGGUUCCUGGUGUGGUGGGUGCCCGCCAUGUCAAAUGGCUGGGCAAAGUGAGCGUGGAACCAGAGGAAAGUUACAGCCACUGGCAGCGGCGGGACUACAAAGGCUUCUCUCCAUCUGUGGACUGGGACACUGUAGAUUUUGACUCGGCUCCAUCUAUUCAGGAACUUCCUGUCCAGUCAGCCAUCACACAGCCCAAAGAUGGGGAGACAAUAGAGUCAGGGGAGGUGACUGUCAAAGGCUAUGCAUGGAGUGGUGGAGGAAGAGCUGUGGUCAGGGUGGAUGUGUCUCUGGAUGGGGGCCUAACCUGGCAGGUGGCUGAGCUGGAUGGAGAGGAACAGCGUGCCCGAAAGGCCUGGGCCUGGCGGCUAUGGCAGCUGCAAGCCCCUGUGCCAGCUGGGAAAAAAGAAUUGAACAUCGUUUGUAAGGCUGUAGAUGACAGCUACAAUGUUCAGCCAGACACAGUGGCCCCAAUCUGGAACCUGCGAGGCGUGCUCAGCAAUGCCUGGCACCGUGUCCAUGUCCAUGUUGCUCCAUGAGAAAGUGAAAUGGAACCAUCUACUCUCCAGAACCACCUUCUAAAGCCCUUUCCACACCCAUCCCUUGGCCUCAUUACCACAAAAAAUCCUUCCUUCCACCUCUCCAUGUCUUGGAUCACAACCCUGACUAUGCCUUCUGAAGCCACACACAGGUACAUGCAUUGCACACUUCCACCCAGGCACCUGCUCCCCUUUGACUGGAGGUGUUACAUACCCCUCCUGGCCGCUGACCCAGUGCCUUAGAGGAGGUAAGAGCUGCUGGAGCAAAGGGCUAGAAGUAGGAAAAGUAAUUCUGGAAGUAAGUGCUAUUUUCUCUACCUACCCUAUCUCCAUUUCUAAUGACUGUCACCACUGAGGCCUUACUUUUCUUUUCUUCUUGGAUUCUUCAGAGAAUGUGUGAGGAUAUGUGUAAGAAAAGUGUAUAUGCAACUUUUUACUACGUCUCUAGGUUGCCAGGGGUCGUGAAGGGCGCAACUCUCUCCCUUUAUUGUUCCACUUUUCUAAAUACAUCAAUAAAAUAUCUGUUUAAGACUACCA